AUGCGGCUCCUCCACACCCGGAAUUUUCAACUUGAGACGUUUAUCGGCAAGAAAACUCCAGGGUAUGCCAUCUUGUCACACACUUGGGGUGACGAUGAGGUUCUCUUCCAAGACCUCGAAUCUGGGCCCAUCCAGUAUUGGCGAGAGCGGCGCGGUGCUUCAAAAGUCCUAGGUGCUGCUGCACAAGCGGCAUCAGACGGCUACACCUACAUCUGGAUCGAUACCUGUUGCAUCGAUAAGAGUAGCAGUGCAGAACUUUCAGAGGCCAUCAACUCCAUGUAUGCCUGGUAUAAACGCUCCAGAGUUUGCUACGCAUAUCUCGAGGACAUACUUAUACCCGAUGCUACACUUCUUGGGCUCAGUCGUUGGUUCACUCGAGGAUGGACUCUUCAAGAGCUCAUCGCCCCGAGCGAGGUUCGAUUCUUCACCUCUUCUUGGGAGUUCCUUGGUCGCCGUGACCAGUUGGCAAAGUCAAUCUCCGAGAUCACUCGCAUCGACCCGCACGUGUUGAAAUUUGGACAGCAGACACCGCUUGAGACAUAUCCCAUCGGCCAGAGAAUGACUUGGGCUGCUGGACGAACCACGACAAGAACAGAGGACAUGGCGUACUGCUUGUUGGGGCUAUUUCAGGUAAACAUGCCACUGCUAUACGGCGAGGGACGCAAAGCGUUUCUAAGGCUCCAGGAAGAGAUUUUGAGGCAAACCACAUCGAAAGAUCAUUCGAUUUUACUGCACAGGGAAUCGGGUCACAUCUUUGCAUCCCAGCCGUCUUCAUUCGACAUUGGCUGCAAACUCCAUCGGUGGACAGCCCGAACAGACAUUGGCCUAGUCCAAGAUGGUGUCAAGGUCACACUUCAUGUCCAGAAAGUUAUCGCAACAGGGGAGCCUCAUGGCGUUGAAGAAUUCGUAACGUUGGGGGUCCUAGAUUGCCGCAUUGACGAGGGCACGGGAUCUUUUGCACGGCCCGUGAUUAUUUUGGAUCACACCAACGGUUACUACCGCCAUCGAUCCACAGGCUUGAUGAUGAUAAGGCCUGAAGCCGAGCCUGAGGUGGUGGAAAUCGUGGGGACUCACAAGCCACUGAACUUUCACUAUGAAAGGCCGCUGAAACUAUCGGGAGGUGUGUCAUCGAAGAUCAAAUGA